AUGCCGAUCCGAUUGAUUGUUGCGGAGUCUGCUGGCGAGUGGCGUGCAGCCUUGCCUCCGCAUAUCGUCCGUUCCGGCUUCUUAUUGCGAAUGUCACGUUUUAUGGGAAAGACUUGCUUGCCGAACGUCUUCGCCGCUGUUGAGGUAGUCUUCAUUGGGACCAGUAACAGUACUGGUUGA